ACCAGCUCAUUCUCAGUUUGUUAACCGUAAAGAAAACAUUGCGACGCCGAACGACAACACAACACGCCGUGACUCGUAUUUCACCGAAGCCGACCCUUACGCGGAACCCGACAGGAUCAAGUGCCGAACGAGCCGAGCAGGUUGAGGCUACUUUGUCUUUGCGCAUUACUUAAGUAGCUUUUUCCAACGAUCGCUUUGAAAUUCGCUGAGAGAAAGCUUGCGCAAGCGCUGCUGCUCGGAAUGGUGGUCGCACCAUGCGAAAGCUUUCCAGUUUGACGUUUCUCCACUGUGGAGGGUGGCGAUAAGCGUUUGACUGUUUGCGUGAGAGGGUGGGCGUAGCACGAUUCAAAGCAAACAUACCGCACGAAGACGGAGAGAGACGUCUGUAGACAACGCAACCACAGGCAGUCAUUCACCGUCAGAAGAAGCAAACAGUUCACAAGGCACGAGGCUACGACGGAUCGCGCGUCGCUAUAUUGGAAUUUUAUUUUUCUUGCCCACUGAAUGCCGCCCGCCGUCACCGCUUGUCAGUGUUAACAGUGCUCUUGCGGGUUCAAUCGUGAGCGAAAUAUCGAAACCCGGCAGUGUGUGAUCAUCCGAUCAAAAACGGAAACUAGCUGAUCGAUGAACGGAAUGAUUGGCAAACGGAAACAUCAUCGGGUCAUAUCUCGUGGAGUGAGAAACAUUUUUCAAAAUCGCAAGAAUUUAUGAACUGUCAAACGGGAGUCGUCGUCUUCGUCGUCGCGAGUGACACAAAACAUAGCGCAUAUCGUGAGUAACAGAGAGAAUUCCAUCUGCGGAGAGAACGAGUGGGACAAAAUACACGGUUUUUAUCUGCCGUCGCUAAUAAGAAAGAAGUCGCGAAUUUUGACCGCCGAAGCUGUCAUCGUCACGCAUAAUUCAAUGAGCAAUCCGGAUUGAUAUGGAUCAAGGAAUGAAAAACAAGUGUCCAGUGUUUAGCCAGAGAGCAACUAUUCAAGUUGAAGGACAACCAACAUCAAAACCAUUGAAAUGAAUUCCAUUCCAGAAUUUUGACUCUUCAAAUCGAGCAAUAGCAGACACAAAAAAAAAGCUGGUGAAACAAGAGAAGAGGGCGAAGUAAUUUCAUUUUAACAAGAUUCCUGUUUCUUCGCUCUUCGUUGGCAGUGUGUUUCGCCUCCGCUUCGCGCUGCCUCAACAUACUACACUACUGUAAAAGUUUAUUCUGGUUUCCUCCGCCACCUCAACUUGUUCGUAUAUUCUUGGCCAGAGAGUCGAGCCUGAACGGGCUGGCUAGUGUCGACGGCAGUGUGCGCAGGUGUGUGUAUGUGUGGCAACUUGGAAGCGAAACCAACACAAAUCGGGCAGCGCAAGUUACCAGCUUCCAAGAAGUUCAAGAACUUGAGAACCACGACGAGUUAGUGGCAGCAGCAGCAGCAGCAAACAAGAACGCGAAAACUAGUACGGGCGUUUUGAGUUUUUUUUUCGACGACGCGCGAACAAUGAAUGAAUCGAGAAUUUUUGUGUUUGAAAAUUGAAUAAAAAUCGAAGAGCUAGUGUGAACCCUAAGUGCAUCGGAAUGUGCUGGAAUGAAUUCGUACACCGAUUUUCCAGUUUUAAGCAACGGAAAAAGCUAGACUCGUCCAAAGAGACGAAAACAAGUAAAGUGGGAGUUUGAUUACGGAAACCUAAAAGCAAUAGUGCAAUGUGAAACAUAGUUCAAAAUUGUUAUCGCAGUUCAUAGUUUCGGAAAGUAAACACAUAAAUUAAAGCCAAUUAGUGCCUUUCAAAGUGUGGCGCAAAGCGUGAAGAAACGAGUGUGGUUAAUGCAACUAUCGGGAAAAUGCCGCACAACAGUUCCACCGGUGAUGAACUCGGCAGCACGGACGAGGUCAAAGUUUUCAAAGAUGAAGGACGGGACGACGAAAAGUUGUCGGAGAAUCUGCUGGAGGAGAAGUCCAGUUUGAUUGAUUUGACUGAAAGUGAGGAGAAGACAGUUAAAAAUGGAACCAGUCGUCAUGAAGCGGGACCUGUUUAUGGGAAGUUACCGCACGGUCACCCAGGGUUCAAUAUGGGAUAUCUGGUUCCACCGUAUGCGUAUCCGAAUGGUGCUGCAGGCGGUCUCCCGGUUUCGAUGGCGAACAAAAUGGGACUGCCUCCUUUUUUCUGUCACAACGGAGAUCAUCUGUCAUCCCCUCCACCUGCCCAUUGCGGAAUUCUGCCGUACCAAUUGGAUCCGAAAACAAUGGGCCUCACACGACCACCUCUGUACAGUUUCCCCACUAGCCAGUAUCCUUAUCCAAUGUUGAGCCCAGAUAUGCCCUUAGUGGCAUCGUCAUGGCAUACACCAUCCAUGUAUAGUCCCGCGACAGGAUUCCGAAACCCAUAUCCGGCAUCGCUCCAGAUUUACACUUCACUACCAAGUGACUUUUAUCGGUACUCACCCAGCCUCCUCCCGUCGGUACAUUCCCAUCCGAUGCUAAACUCGCAUCCUGCCAUAAUAACUCCUGGUCCUAAACAGGAUAUACCCGGUCAAGACUCAUCCCGAUACGGGUCAGGGAGAUCUUCAAACCCACCCACGAUUAAGCAGGAAAGCGGUGAAGAAUCAUCUCAGGGUGGUCGAUUCUCAUCCAGUCAUGGUCGAUCUUCCCAUAGUCAUCACAAUCACUCACAUCACGAGCAGAGCAAUCACAGCAACAACAAUAACAACCAUCAUCAUCACAACAGCGGUAGCGGUCACCAUAGGCAAUCGCUGUCGGAAAAAGAGUUAGCAUUGGAGAAAAAGAAGAGUCACGUUAAGAAACCGUUGAAUGCCUUUAUGCUGUACAUGAAGGAAGAGCGGGCAAAAGUGGUAGCUCAAUGUACACUCAAAGAGUCGGCCGCAAUCAAUCAGAUACUGGGCCGGCAAUGGCAUUCACUUACUCGGGAACAACAAAGUGUGUACUAUGAUAAAGCCCGUCAAGAGCGACAACUCCACAUGGAACUUUAUCCGGGCUGGACGGCUCGAGACAACUAUGGAUAUGGUGCCAAAAAGAAGAAGAGGAAAAAGGAUCGAAGUCCUGCUGAUCCGGGUGGCAAUAGUAUGAAGAAAUGUCGAGCGAGGUACGGUUUGGAUCAACAGAAUCAGUGGUGUAAACCGUGCCGACGUAAGAAGAAAUGUAUUCGAUACAAGGAGAUGACGGAUAGUGAAGAGGGCAGGGAUCAGGGUUCUGAUGAUGCGAUCGGAAGUUGUGGUAGCAUAGACGAUUCCAAGAGCCCUGAGGACGAUAGAGAAUCGUUGAAUCAAUCGUUAUCGAGUCCACGAAGUAUGAGUGUGCUGUCAAGUUUGCAAUCCCCGUCAACGAGUAUAGCAUCACCGUUGAAUCUUCUUGCAAGUCCAGCAACACCAACCAACUACUACCAUCAUCACGACCAUCUGGGACUGGCCUCGAUAAUAGCGGCCCAACAUCAACAAGCCCUCCAGAACAGCACCAGUGACAAGUUGAACAACAUCAGCAGUGACAGUGGGUUAAGCUCACAGCUGAACAACAGCUACAGUAACAACUUUAGUCCGUACAGCAACCACCAUACGAUUCGAAAUAGUUCGAACCAGAACAGCAAUAGUACCAGCAAUAACCUCAGCUCGGUAGUGGCCAGUCCGCCGGGCCUUCUGAACGGUGGUACCAGUAGUAGCAAGAAUCAUCACAGCAGCUCCGGUAGCAAUAGUCUUCCUCCACAUCACCAUCAACCCCAUCCACCGGCAACGGGACCUCCUCCGAACGGAAGCAGUAGCAGCAAUAUCUCAGCAUUACAAAUUCCCCCGCAUCUUCAGCAGCUCAACCUGUCCAGUUCGUCACCACCCACAUCAAAUAACAACAACAACAGCACAUCACUGCCAACGAGUCAAAUCAAGGAAGAGCCCGGAUGUCUUCGGAACAGUCCCCCGAACUUCCUAUUGCACCACCAUCAUCAUCUAGCGGUGGCUGCGGCGGCAGCAGCUCAAAUGCACAAAAACAACGGAGAUCUCAGUCUGACGGGAGAUCUGUCUCACAGUUCCAGCAGUACGACGAACAACGACAGUGGCCGGAGCACCGGCAGCAGCCAAGCCAACAGCACUAGUGAUAGGUAGUUAACGCCCAACGGGCACGACAGGAGAUAAUUCGCAAAUGCAACGUAAAUUCACCGCAUCCAUAACAAAACGGCGUCGAGGGGAGUGGUGCAUGCCAAGUGUCAAUGUUCUAACUGUGAUCCACCGAGCGAGAACGCGAAAAUUGCAAUAAACGAAACGUUCAGGCUUACGGGAGCUCUGUAAAAGCAAGAAGAAGUGCGCCGUCCCUACUUAAUUGAUCAUUUUCGAGGCUAGUUUGGAAGCCCAUUAUUAUCGCAGUCAUUGUUUGCAUUGAACCUGAAAGCAGCAGCCAGUUAAACAGCGCACCACAGCAACCACAACAACGUGGCCACCACAAAACCAGGUGAUGAGAAGCGAAGAGUGAAGCGCAAACGAGCGACAGGAAAAGAAGGAGAAUGCUUAAUUUGACACAUUGUACCUCUGCGCAGUUCCCCCCCAACUCACGCAGAAGCAACCCCCUCGUUAUUCCUGCCACAGGUCUUCGUCGCCAUCGCCAGGUCCGUCCGCCACCGUCAUCGCCGCGCCCAAGUUCCGAGGGCUUUACGAAGUUAAUGGCAUUCAAAAUCGAAAAACACAGCAUCACUUAUUAAUCGUUUGUCCGUUGUUUAUGAGCAUGAUGAGCGAACGAGCGGAGAACGAGCCCGGCCAGCGAGUUAACCACGAGAGGAGUACGCGCAAACGGGAUGCGACCGGAGACGAAAAGGUUUUUUGUCUCCUCUUUAAUGGUUAAGUUUCUGUUUUCUUUUUAAACAUUCUUUUCAUCUCCUUUCUCAAAACAACAACAACAACAAAAAACGAAGAAAUUAAUGUGAGUGUGUGAAACGAUCAAUCUCCUUCUUGGAAAUGCAAGGCCCAAACAGAAGGGAGUACGCGUAGAAGAAGAGUAGGAAAAGGGAGAAGCAGCAAAAAUGACCAGAAGAAGAAUUGUUUGGAAACAAGUUUCGUUCAGAGUCAGAUAGGCAAGAGUGAGGUCAGGGUAAGAAUCAAAAAGUAUAAGAAGAAGCAAGAGAGAAAAUCAAUCAAGUGUGAUACAAAAGCAAUAAUAAUAACGAAGCGCAUGAAUAACAAGAAGAGUCGGAAGAAAAAGCACAAGCAAGCCAGCAAGCAGAUAAAUUAAAGGAAGAAUUAUGAAGUGAGUACACACUUUUCGAGCCCCAUCCGUCGUCGUCGUCGUCGUUGCCAUCGAUCGCCCCCUCUGGGACCCCAUCGCCGAUUGUGUGCGUGUCUGACGAUGUCUUUCGCGCCCGCGUAAGCAGCCCCAAUCUCCCGGUGCUGCGGAUAAUUGAGCCCAAUCCAGCUCCUCGAGAAAAAGCUGUGCUAUUCUUUUUUGUUUCUUGUUUUCGGAUCAUCGUGAUUGUGCACGGCGGGUUGUGUCCGUUGAUAACCUUUAUCGAAAGUGUGCGUGUGUCGUCAGUUUUUUUAGUUGAGUUCUGAGAAGCACCUCAAGAGCCAUCAUCACACUGUGGCGAGAAAACAAACCGUGAAACUCGACUCGAUUCGGCCGAAUUGAGGUGAGAAAUUACGUCGGAGAAACCGAGCAUUUGCUGCGCCUCGGAAGGGGCUUGUUAGAGAAAUCCGGCGAGUGAAGGUGGAGAAUGGUCGGUCGGUGGCGCGCAGGUUCCCGAGGUUUUCGGGGCUUUUUUUUGUUCGGCGAAGGUGAACAAACAAGUGCAUCUUAUGGAAUGGAAUUAGUGACCGGUAGCCGGUCGGAACGAGAAUGUAAUGCAAUUAUGAGGCCUUUAAACACUUGUUCAAGGAGUAAGCACCGAUAUGAGUAAGUUCUAGCAAAUCUCGUUGGGAUGUUAUGUUGAUGCGGGAGUUUUAUUAUAUUGAGCAAUUGACUGGCUGGUUCAGUGAGAAUGGUAGUUGUACAUAUUUAUAACAAAUUGGAGCGAUGUAUAAAAAGAACAAUGUGAUUAGAAUAUUUAAAAGAUGUGACACGAUAUAGAGUAUAAGACUUAUUGAAGAGUACAUAUCUGAGCUAAGCGAUAUUUGUAAUAAACAAUCUUUAUUAUUUUGACUGAAAUGAUCAAAACAAUCUA